CCCCUCCGCCCCCAGUUAACCCGGAGCCCGGCGGAACCGGGACAGUCGCUCCGGCCUCACGGAUGGAGCAGGAGCGGGACGACGACGCUCUGGGCGGCGAGGCGGAGGCCGAGGGGCCCACGAGGUCCCCGGAGCUGCCGCCGCCGCAGCCCUCGCCGCCGCCGCCGCCGUCGCCGUCGCCCGCGGCCCCGGAGAGCCCCAGGCCCCCGCAGGCCGAGCCGCCGUCCGAGGCCAGCGCCCGGCAGCUGCUGCUGGAGGAGUGGGGGCCGCUGGGCGGGGGCCUGGAGCUGCCCCCGCGCCUCACCUGGAAGCUGCUGCUCGUGCGGCGGCCGCUCUACCGCAACCUGCUGCGCUCGCCCAACCCCGAGGGCAUCAACAUUUACCAGCCAGCGCCCCCUACUGGUCCUACCCAGCAACCCCUGCAGGCUCUGGGCAAUUUCCGCGGAUGGCACAUUCACACGGAGCAGCUUCAGGAGGGCCUCAGCUGGACCGUGAAGCGGCAGUGUGUGGACCUCCUGGCCGAGGGCCUGUGGGAGGAGCUGCUGGAUGAUGAGCAGCCCGACAUCACCGUCAUGGACUGGUACGAGGACAGCCGCCUGGACGCCUGCGUGUAUGAGCUGCACGUGUGGCUGCUGGCCGCUGACCGCCGCACAGUCAUCGCGCAGCACCACGUGGCCCCCCGGACCAACGGGAGAGGCCCCCCGGGCCGCUGGGUCCAGCCCACGUGUUCCGCCAGUACGGAUCCGGCGUGCGCUUUGUCCACUUCCUACACAAGACCAAGAACCGCCAGGAGCCAGGGGGAGUGCGGCGGACCCGGGUGACCGACUCCUCCGUGUCCGUACAGCUCCGCGAGUGACGGCCCUGACCCCCAUCAGCGCCCCGGCACCCCCAAGGUCCCCUUCCUGAGCCCUCAGCCCCACCGUGAUCACACACACCCCCUCCCAGGCCGGCCCCCACUCCAGCCUGGUCCUGGGCUUCUCAUGUGACAUCCUCAAUGUCCCGGAGCUCCAGGAGGUGGGGCCACUCCUGCAGGUUCUGCGCCAGGCGCACAGUAGGUGCUGCAGAAUCUGUGCUGAGUGGAUCAAUAAACACGGCUGCCCGUGGAUGCUGA